UUUAGAAAUAAAAUAAACUUGUGUGUUAAUUUUAUCCAAAAAUAAUAAAAUCUAGCAUUUUAAGACUAAAGUGUAGGAGGUGGGUGUAAAGUGGGAGUUUCAUUGCUACCUACCAAUGAAAAAAAAAUUUAUAUUAGGUUAAGUUACGUAAAGUCUAGACUAACUCAAGCUCAUAAAUGUGGCAUAUUUUUCUUCAAAUGCAAAAGUUAAUUUCACAUUAGUCAAGGUCCUCCUGUAGAGAAAACACUGUAGUGGCCGUUUGCUUACAUUCUGACAGCCAACCAUUCACAAUACACGAAACAGCUGUCAACGAAGAAGAAGCAUAUGACAAAUUCGCCAGGCCGAUGGGUACACAAAAAUUUUCGCUGAUUGCACAAAUGUAUAAAAUUUGUUAGGAGGACUCAAUUAAAAAGCGUAGGAAUAAUUUUAAUUAUUAAAAGGUGAGAUUUACCAACGAUCAACCAGCGCCAUGGCGGAGCAUACGUUCCUCGGCACUUGGGAGAUCGUGUCCUGCACCUUUGAACAUAAAGCGGAAAUUUCUGGAUUGGAAGGCAUUAAAUUUCGCCUGGAUGAUACGAAUGAUAUAACAUGGUAUAAUGAUUUGGUUAAUCCACUUCCAAAAUCAAAAGACUGCGGUACUUGCUGCGAUUCGGCAAGUGUCUUAUUUAGUUGUGAAACAUUCGAUGUGAACGAAACAAAUCCACGUUUAGUAUUCGGCGCCUUUGCUGGUCAUAGCAUAGAAUUUAGAACAAACACUUUAACACCGACUGAUACGCUUAUCUUGGACUGCGAAAGCUGGUAUACAUUAGAGUGCAAGCGGCUGAAGGAGUGCCACGCUGCCGGGCAAGAAAAAGAGUUCUCCUUCGCAGAGGCGCUGCAAGAGUCGUACUUCUCGGAUGUAGUCAUUAAAAGCUCUGAUGGCUUUGAUUUCCAUGCGCACUCUUCCGUUUUACGCCUAAAUGGCUUCGACUGCAGCAUGUGUGUGCUGACGAACGAGUCAAUGUUGCCGCAGCCACCCACUGCUUGUAAAAACCACGACAUAUUGCAACCACAGCAGUACCAACAACCUCAUAAAGGCCAGGAUAGUGAAGGAGCGGGUACUUUACUUGGGGCGUCCAAUCCCAUCAAGAUUUCUGUGACGCUGCCCAUAUCAUGUUCUGAUAACAAUGACGAUAGCCAGAAAUCAUUGCCGCGUCUCAAUCUGUCGCCCAUAUAUCUGCAACCGCCCUGCGAAUAUUCAAAUGUUGGCAGCAACAGUGGCUUAAUAGCUCAUCGCAGUGCACAUUUAUCAAACUCUUUUAAUUGCCUCUCGAGUAGCGGCAACAACAAUGAUAAAAACGCGUCCAAUGCAGAAGGCGGCGGAAUGCGUCGUUUUCCACCCACUUCCAAUUCCGAUUCUCAUCUUGAAACGCAAUCUCAUUGCAAAAAUAUAUUUAAUUUCUGUCAAGAUUUUUUGCUGCAACCCACAGAGCCAACUACUGUGUGUAAUACCAGACGCCCGCCUCUGUCACCAUAUCGCGCACGCAGCCCUUCGCCUUUUCCCAGCUCAAUGGAUACGCCGCCUUCUUCGCCUCUAACACCGGUGGGCGUUCUAUACAACUUGCCGACAUUUUUGUUAACGCCAGUGCUUCAUUGGUUAUACACUGAAUCCCUGAUGCCUGAUAUGGACGAAAAUGUUUGCGAGAAGCUGAUAAAUUUCGCGGAAACGCAACCUUCUCUCACAAAAAUGGUUGACCCAACUAGAAAGUAUUUGAAACUGAUACAGCUUAAGAAGUUUGUGAUUAAUACUCUAAUGGAUACUCAUUCUGUGCUCAACCACAUCAUACAAGCAAUCAAUCCUGUUACUAUAUCCCAUGAACCCGCCUCACUCUACGCAACAUUCAAAGACUGCCUCAAGGAAUCUGCAAUCGGGUGUGCGAAAGUAUUGCAAUUUUGUAACAUCUUUAUUCGAGAUGGCUCAGAUAUAACGCGCUACCAAAAAAAUGAGAUCAUCAAAUAUGUGCGCACACGAAUUCCGAUUUUUAUGUCACAAAUACAUCAACUCUUGCGUAAUAUUUUGAACGUUUUUAUUGGUUUAACUACAGAGGAGAAAGCAGAGUUGGUAAAUUAUUUAGUACCUGAAAUCGAAUCCGCAUUGGUGAUACUAACUGAUGUCGUCGAGGAAAUUAAAAAUUCCUUAGAAAAAAUGUGUAAAGAUAUAAAUUGUUCACAUUUGGAUUUGUCGGUGAGACAGCAGUCUGACAAUUCAAUUGCAACACAAACUCAAAACAUCGCUUUUAUCAGCGCCAAUGUAGUGUUGGAAGAUAACGCAGCUCCGCUGUUUAGUCCACCUCCUAUAUCGCCCAGGCUUAGGCGUGGUCCCCCAGUGGGACUAACUCUUUACGAUAAUCCAACAGAUAAUAAGCGCCUCAUGACUGCAGAAAAUGAUCUUAAAUUCGUAUUGUAUAUGUAUGAGGUCCGAAAGAUGCGUGAUAUAUAUGGUCGAAUCGCAACGGCUUUGGAGAUUAUUAGGGACAAAAAAAAUUCAUUCUGCGAAAUGGAUUACUUAAGUAAAAGGAGCACUAUAAAUCAAAAUCUGGAACAGUUAAUUAUAGAUAUACCGGCAUACAUUUUGAUAAUGGAAAACCUCUCAGACCGAGUUGACGAGAAAUUGGGCUGGAAGGAGUUUAAAUUUUGCUUCAAAUUGGCCACAAGUCAAAUUAAUGGCGUGAUUGUUAAGCUUUUUGAUCAUAAGUCUGCGCUGCGCGACUCUAUCAGCAACGUGUGUAAGCUGGUACAGAAAAACGAAUUUACUCAAUCACUCAUAGAGCUUGGGCUUUUAGAGCCUUCCAAUAUUUUUGAACACGAACUAAAGCUAGCGGAAAAUGACAACAUCAUGGAAAAUGUGACUGAUGAAUUGACAUUGGAGCAUUGUCGCUCGUAUGACUAUAAAAAUGUAAAGCUUAACUUGACAAAACAUUUAUGUGAGCCACCCAUUGCCGCCAAUAGUAAUUUAUCAAAGAAUGCCUUACGUCUAUUGCACUCAGCUCAGCUAGCUGAUAUGGAAUUUGAGGUUCAUACUUAUUCGUCAAGCAACGCACAGCUGCCUGGCAUAACAAUAUUGCACAAGGAUGACAUUGAGGUGACACAUGUGCAUACACAGUUGCAAACACCGCAUUCGGUGCAACUUCAACGACCACCAACGCAAGUACACACAUUCCGUGCACAUCGAGUGAUUGUAUCGUCGCGUUGUGAAUGGUUUAAAAAAGCCCUUCUUUCCGGUAUGCAAGAAAGCAUAAAGAGAAAAAUCAUCAUAACCGACACUACACCAGUGAUAUUUCGGCGCUUAUUGCUGUAUAUUUAUGGCGCACCUAUAGAUAAAACUGUGGGAGCUGAACAAAUUUGUGAAUUAAUGCUACUAUCUGAUCGCUACUCAGUUUUUGACUUGAAGGAAUUAUGCGAAAAUACUCUAAACUCGCUGAUAGAUGAAGAAUCGGUGCUUUGUCUGCUGGGUAUCGCCGAUCGCUACAUGGCAACUGCGUUGAAGUCGAAUUGCUUAUCGUUCCUAUCACAGCACGCGAAUCUGACAAAACACGAAAUGUUCAAAGAGUUACCACAAGCCCUUCAGUUAGAAGUGAUGGAUUUGGUGCAUUGGUAUGGACGCGUUUCUGAACCUUGGGCCGAUGGUUUUAAGUCACGAAGCGGUUCACGUCACAGUCUGAAGAGUCCUUCAAAGCCACGUUCUAGGUCCCGCAAAUCGUCGCCCUCUUACAUGUGACGAUGACUGCGGCGUACAUAUAUGUAAAUAGCGUUUGCUGCUGAAGUGACAUUAGAAACAAGCAACUGGGAUUGACUUUCAGGAUUAGAAAAAAUCAAUGGAGUAAAUGAGUAUCGCUUACCUAUGGUGGUAUUUUAAACUAACAUCCGAGAGUCGUAAAAACAAAAAAAAAACAAUUUACAAAAAUUUCUAGUUUUAAUUGAUACUCGAUGUUGGUACCUAUAUACAUAUCUGUUUUAAGAGCGACCACAUACUUUUUUUCUAACGCUUA